GAAGUCUGGUCACCCCAAAAGCGCAAUGUUUUUAUUAGCUGGUUAGGCUAACACAAAAGUAGUAAAAGCAAUGACAAAAUUAAAAAACCAAAUUAAAUAUACAACACCAUUGGCUGAACUGGUGUCGUCUCUGUGCCAACGAUGAUGCCAGUAACAAUGUGCGCGACAAUGAUUUAUACAUGCGGCUAAUUAGCAAAUGUUUCGAUGUUGAAGUAGAUAGGCUUAGAAGAGCCCGCGUUGGGCGCCAUGCUGUGCAGUGAUUGCAAUACAUUAAUGAAUGAUUUAAUAAAUUUUAUCGAAAACGUCAACAAGGUGCAGCCAAUCUUCGAGUUGUUGCGCCACACCGAAGAUGGCGAUCAUAUCGAUGUGUUGUCCUUGCGUCAGCAAUAUGGACUUCAGACAAAUUUUAAAAUUGAGCUUACGGAUGACCAAAUGCUAAGUGAUGAUGACAAAGAGGAUGCAUUAGUAAAAAGGAAGCGCGGUCGUCCGCGAAUUAAUAAAACCACAACAGAAAACGUGUGUGAGGAAGAGCAAUCAAUUAAUGUGGAAGUGUUGCCCUUGGAAGUCUAUGAAGAGGGCGUCGAAGAGGAUCUUGUUGAGAAUCACAUUUGGCUUGAAGAUGUGGAGCAAUUGGAAGCUCAAAAAGUCAGCGACGUCAUUAGCAGAAAACGAGGACGUUCGCCUGUGACGCUUAAAAUUGAAAAACUCGAAAGCACAACGCCAUAUGAAGAUCUUGACGUGUUAUCGCAAAAUUCUGCAGUGGAAUCGGUUUACGAAAUAAAACUAGAGCCGGAUAAAACCAAAGACAGUCAUAAUGCAGUUGACACAGAAGCAACUCCAAUAAAAAGAAAACGUGGAAGACCUAGAAAAAAUCAGAUUCAAAUGAUUGAAGCAGUCAACUUAACUGAUGUAACAAAUGCCUCAAAAUGUAAAAAUAUGGCAUUAGCGAGGCUCUUACUCGCCUCUCCCGAACCAGAGUCACAUAUCACAGAAAUUGAUGCAGAAGAUGAGCAGUCCAAUUCUCAUACUAGACGAGCAGUUACAUGCAAUAUUUGCCACAAGGAAUUGUCAUCGGAAUCAGGAUUACGACAGCACAAUGAACGUGUUCAUAUGAAGCGAAAACCUGUUGUCUGCGAUUGCUGUGGCAAGCGGGUGAACAACUCAUCUGAGCUCAAGGAGCACAUGCUUGUUCACACCGAUGAGCGUCCCUUUAGCUGUCCAGUCUGCAGUGCCAGCUUUAAAAAUAAAAAGCGGCUCAAUAUUCAUAGUCAAACGCAUGGAAUGCCUAAAUAUGAGUGCGAAAUCUGUGGCAAGAAGUUGCAGACUCGCGCCAUUUGGAAUAAGCAUAAAUAUGUACAUUCUAAUGAACGAAGAUUCAAAUGCACGAUUUGUGGCACGGCAACAAAGCAUUCAACCGCCUUGAAGGUACAUCUCCUGAGCCACACGGGCUUCAGACCUUACGCUUGUAAAUACUGUAAUAAAGCUUUUGCUAGUGGUGCGAAUUGUCGGGAUCACAAGAUGAAAAAGCAUCCGGAAGAGUUUGCAAAAGACGACGACAAAUCCUCGAGAAUUCAAUCGGUUCCCACUUUGGAUGAACUGCGUGCCUUAGCUGAGGGCAUGGAAAAGGGUGAAAGGCUGCGCAAGCCAAGAUAUUCCAAUAAUAAAUAAACGCGCGCACUGCUGUAAAUAAAAAACUAAAUUUUAAAUGUUUUAUGCUUUUGGUCACACUAGUUUUGCACAAUAGUAUCGAUGUGCGGGUGAUAUCGAAACACUUGGUAGCG